AUGGUUCGCAAGGAUCCUAUCUUCGAAGCCCGCACCAAUGUCAAGUUGCACUCGAACCGGCUCAAAAAGGAAGCUGCUCGCGCGGAGGCAACAUUCAAGUCAGAAAAGGCGAAGGCGGACAAGGCUAUGAAGAAUCGCGAGUUUCAAAUUGCCCGUAUCCACGCCGCCUCUGCUGUACGAGAGAAACGACGACAGGUAACCCUCAGAGCAGAGGCUGCGCGGGCGGACGUCAUCAUAAAUGAACUCAAAGCGGCUCAGAGCACUCGCGAUACAUCCCGAACCCUCGCUCUGGCAUCAAGAGGCCUGGAUGCGGCGUCGAAGAGUGUCAAUCUCGAAAACCUGGUGUCUCAUGCAAAUAACUUCUUAGCGCGAUCGGAAGAUUUCAAAAUCGCUAGUAGUGCGAUAGAGGAUGUCGCUCAAGGUGUCUCUAUGCAGGAGUAUGGUGCCGAGGGCGAGGCCGAAGUUGAUCGUCUCAUGGAACAGCUUGCAGACGACGCGGGUGUGGAUAUGCGCUUGGCGUUGGAUGCUGAUGCAGCACCCAAGGAAGACGUCAAAGAGCAGAAGCAGGCCGACUCGGAGCUGGAGGAUGGCCUGGGAGCGAGACUACGUGCUCUCAGAGCUGCAAGCUGA